AUGCUCUUCCCGACGGGGCGGAGGAUCGAUCCGGUGGAAGUCGUAUUGGGAAGCAUGUAUCCAUCGGCGUAUGCACCCCCGAGCUACCCCGCUCCCAAUCCUUAUGGGCCUCCACCAUCCUACGGAUACACUCCCAAACCCAAAUACGGGAAUCCCCCUGCGUACAGUAGCCCGCCACCGCCCCCAUACGGUGGUCCGCCUCCUCCCGCAUAUGGCCCCCAAGCACCGCAGGAAUACACAGGCGAAGAGUACUACGACUGCGGACCAGAACCGGUAUAUCCGCCACCACAUGGUCAGAGUCCCCCUUACGGAGCUGCUCCCAAGCCUAGGUACGGUCAACCCGCGCAGGCUGCAUACGCACCCGCCGCGAAGCCGGCGUACGCGACGAGCUCACAAACGGCGUAUAAAGCAGGGCCUCAGCCCUCGUACGAGAUCAGCGCACAACCUGUGUACGCCCCGAAACCGGCCUAUGAAGCCCCGGCGGCACCAACGUACGAUGCACCGCCGAAACCCACCUACGAAGCACCGCCGAAACCAACCUACGAGCCCGCGCCGAAACCAGCCUACGAACCCGCACCGAAACCAGCCUACGAACCCGCACCGAAACCAACCUACGAGAAGCCCAAGUACGCGCCGCCCGCCGCACCUCCUCACCCCGUCCCUGCUCCGAAACAGAACUACGGUCCGCCUCCCCCGCCUCUCUAUGGUCCACCUCCCCCACCCAGCUACGGUCCUCAACCCUACCAAGCGCCACCAUAUGGGAACCCGCCGUCAGCUUACGGUGCGAACCCCUACGCCGCUCCUCAAAAACCUACAAAGAAGUGUCGGAAGAUCGCGGCCUAUAGGCCUGCACCCUACGCGCCAGCAGCCUACUCCCCCUACGGAUAUCCCUACGCUCCCGGCUACCCGCAUCCCGCUCCUCCGCAACCGGCCGCCGGUUACCAGAAGGAAGCUCAGUACUAUCCUGCGCCAGGAAAGGGUUUGUUUGACGAUUCUGACAUUUAA